AUGGCUGGUGCUGACAACUUUCAGCCCCUGGUUUGCGACAAUGGAACUGGGAUGGUUAAGGCUGGAUUUGCCGGAGAUGAUGCCCCAAGAGCUGUUUUCCCAAAUAUUAUUGUAGGUCGCCCACGUCCCAGUACUUGCGUGUUGGUCGGAAUGGGGCAGAAAGAUGCAUAUUUUGGGGAUGAAUCUCAAUCCAAGAGUGGUAUUUUAACUCUUAAAUACCCCACUGAGCAUGGGAUUGUAAGCAACUGGGACGAUAUGGAGAAGAUCUGGUACCAUACAUUCUAUAAUGAACUUCGUGUUGCACCAGAAGAACAUCCAAUUCUCCUCACCGAAGCUCCCUUGAACCCCAAAGCCAAUCGUGAAAAGAUGACUCAAAUUAUGUUUGAGACAUUCAACACUCCAGCCAUGUAUGUUGCCAUUCAGGCUGUUCUGUCCCUAUAUGCUAGUGGCCAGACAAUAGGUAUUGUGCUGGACUCGGGUGAUGGUGUGAGCCACACUGUUCAGAUCUAUGAGCAGGGGCGGAACCCCAUGGCUAUCAAGGUGGUGGCUCCCCCCGAAAGGAAGUAUAGUGUUUGGAUUGGAGGUUCCAUCUUCGCAUCUCUUAGCACUUUCCAACAGAUGUGGAUUUCUAAGACAGAGUAUGAUGAGUCUGGGCCAUCAAUUGUGCACAGGAAGUGCUUCUAA